GAGUCACUCCUGAUCCAUGCUCGCGGAGCUGUGCGAGGAUUUCCUCCGUCAGGAGCUGGACCGCCUCACGCUCUCCACCACAAACCACAGAUACUGAGAUAUUAUUAUGAGGAAACCUUUAGAGGAUCUCGACCCUGUGUGGAAUCAGGGAGCCCAUCCUUUCAACCAGGUUUAAGUGUAGGUGGGGCCAUGUCUGGUGCUCCAUAGGUGUAAGACCUCACACUGGACGGCCACCCAUCAACCAUGGAUCCCACGUUCUCCUGCAUAGAGCUGGGGCCAGAGCUCGCCUCUGCGCUGCCGAGUAAGAAGCGGCACCUGAGGCACCAUGUGAGGAGGAAGCUGCGUCCUUCACGGGUCCUGGGUUUCGUCCUCAGCUUCUGUGCCCUCGCUCUGCUCCUUUUUUGGAGUGCCUUCAAAGGAACGGCCAUGUCUCUGCUCGGCCACCCGGACGAUCCGCUGUCCCACAGAACUCUGCGCUCGACCGACGGGGAACGUAACAUUUCAGCGGAUGUACCGCGUGCCAUGGCGUCCGUGAUGGAGAACCAAGGGGACUACCCUGAGGACCUGUUCACUCUGGAGGAGAGGCGGCAAGGAGCUGUGGUUCUGCACAUGUUCGGCAUGCUCUACAUGUUCAUCGCCCUAGCCAUCGUCUGCGACGAAUUCUUCGUUCCCGCACUCACCGUCAUCACCGAGAAGCUCAAGAUUUCUGAUGACGUGGCCGGUGCCACCUUCAUGGCUGCUGGAGGCUCUGCCCCUGAGCUCUUCACCUCAGUGAUUGGCGUGUUCAUUUCCCACAGCAACGUAGGCAUCGGUACCAUCGUGGGCUCGGCUGUCUUCAACAUCCUGUUCGUAAUCGGGAUGUGCGCCUUGUUUUCACGUGAGAUCUUGAAUCUCACCUGGUGGCCACUUUUCCGGGAUGUCUCGUUCUACAUCAUGGACCUCAUAAUGCUCAUUGUCUUCUUCCUGGAUAACUAUAUCACUUACGUGGAGAGCAUUGCGCUUCUAUUGGCCUACGUAUCCUAUGUGCUCUUCAUGAAGUUCAAUGCCAAUGUGGAGGGUUUGGUUAAGGGCUUAAUGAACAGAAACCAAGUGGAUGAAAUCGAAGUCGCCCCAAAGGUCAACAAUUCUGUAGACGAUGAGAACAAACUAUCGGCUAAACCCCGCCUCCAGAGAGGAGGAAGCUCCGCCUCUUUGCACAAUUCACUGAUGAGAAAUAGCAUCUUCCAGCUGAUGAUCCACACGCUGGAUCCGCUCAAUGAAGGAAAGUUCAAGGAGAAAGCUUCAAUUCUGCACAAGAUAGCAAGAAAAAAGGGUCAAGAUGAGGCCAACGGCGUGGUUGAUAAGAACCUGCCCAACAGCAGCAACGUGGAGGUGGAAGUGACUCCACCCAUGAACGGCAAUGCAGGACAAGAGCAGGCCGAAGAGGAAGAGGAGGGGGAAGAUCAGCCUCUCAGCCUGGGGUGGCCGGACACAAACCGGAAGCGACUGACGUACUUGUUUAUUUUUCCCAUCGUGUUUCCGCUGUGGCUCACGCUCCCUGAUGUCCGGAGAGAGAAAGCAAAGAAGUUUUUCCCCUUCACGUUUCUGGGUUCGAUCUCUUGGAUUGCUGCCUUUUCCUACCUGAUGGUUUGGUGGGCUCACCAGGUCGGUGAGACUAUAGGCAUCACAGAGGAGAUCAUGGGGCUGACCAUCCUGGCUGCUGGAACCUCCAUUCCUGAUCUCAUCACCUCCGUCAUUGUGGCAAGAAAGGGUCUGGGGGACAUGGCUGUCUCCAGCUCCGUGGGCUCCAACAUCUUUGACAUCACUGUGGGAUUGCCGUUUCCAUGGCUCCUGUAUGCAAUGUUCCACAACUUUAAGCCGGUGGCAGUCAGCAGCAAUGGUCUCUUCUGUGCCAUCGUCCUGCUCUUCCUCAUGCUCCUCUUCGUCAUCAUUUCCAUCGCCGUGUGCAAGUGGAGGAUGAGCAAGCUGCUGGGAUUCUUCAUGUUCAUGCUCUACUUCGUCUUCCUGGUGGUCAGCGUCAUGCUGGAGGACAAGGUCAUCACCUGUCCUGUCUCGAUCUGAGAGAAAGAGAGAUUUUAGUCUGGCACUGUCCCGGUGGAACCGCGCUGUUGCGCACCUUCAGAAACCACAGGAACCAAACCUUGGAGAAUCGGAGAAAGGCGAGGACCAUGUGGCAUACAUGUUGUGGCACAAACACUUCUCCCAUAAUGGAAUUGUGGUUGUUUUUUUUUUUUCUACUGAUAUUUUAAUAGUAAAUGAAUGAAAUCAUUAAUUUUUUUUUGUUCAUUUUUCAUAAGAACAAAAGAGAAAAAGAGACCCUUCCCUCAUAGCUCGACAUGAGGAACAAUCUGCACAAGCACUGUAGCUUUAGGCUGUUUUGAUUCGUUGGGAUGAACACAGAAGGAAGGGACACGUGUAACGGGAGACGCUGCAUCCAAAAAUGGAGCUGGACAGCUGGGAAUCUCUCUCCAAAGACUCAGGGAAAAAGCAGAAAUUGAAAAAUUAAAAAACUAACCACCCGACCACGUUCAGGACUACAAAAAAGGACAAAAAAAAAGCCUUGUGUUAGACACUGAACUUAAAAAAAAAAAACUGUCUAUAAGGGUGGGAGAUCAAGUAUCAAGUUUGCUCUGUCAGCAUACGGGUCAGGGUUGAUUGUUUGUUUCAUUUCUGUGUAUACCGUAUCAUUUUAACAUGGCAAAUUUUAGCGCGCCAUUUAGCACUAGCGUCAGACUUCUGUAGCUACAGCGCUCCGCUAAUCGCUCCAAGCUGCGGACUUACUGCUAAAAAAAUAUAUACUGAAUUUAAUCAAACAAAGUUAAGGUAAUUCUUUGUAACUUACUGUGCAACAUUUCGUAUGUUGUUUCCUCUGUGAAAUCAACAAUUCUUUUUUUUUUUUUUUUU